AUCAUGAUGCGUAUGGACCCACGAACUUCGUGCGAAAGGCUUUCGUCCUUUUGGAAGAGGGAUGAUUAAAACCCUCUUUUGUAUUCCAUAUCGCACUUUCUCGCUCUCAUUUUUGGAUUCCAGAAACCCUAAAACCCGAUCUCCGGCGAGAUUCCGUUUCUAUUGGCGGCUCGUUUCAGAGGUUUUUUGUUUCUCAGUUUUCGCAUAGGAAGAUUUGUGUGUAACGUUUAUGUUCAUCUCCAAACUUUCACAAGUUGGGCUUUGGAUGGUCAAGGAGUUCAAAAUAGAUUUUUGGAAGAAUGUAUAAAUAUGCCAAAGGUACGGUUCCUGCACUCAGGAGGUGGGAAGGUCAUUGGGUGUCUGCUAUGGCUUGGUUGGUGGAGAGUAUGUAGGAAGUCCUAUGGCUAUCUCCAUUUUAAGUUGGGGUUGCUAGCACUGUGUGAUCCUUUGAGAAUGGUGCAGAACUAUAGGCAUGCAAUGGCAAACUGAGUCUUGUACAACUCCUUUAGCUUCAGGAGAUCUUUUAUACUGGGUCGAGUCAUUUCUAUCUCUAGAAUGGGAAACGUGCAAAGACCUAGUCAUUAUCGCCAAUCUCUGUUUCAGAAGUAUUCUCAUUCUACCACAGCCGUUGAUAAAGCUCGUGAGGCUGAGAAUGAGGAGAAAGAAAAAAUAUCCGUGACGUUUGUUGACAAGGGCGGAGAGGAGAAGCAUAUCAAGGUCCCUGUUGGAAUGUCAAUGUUAGAAGCAGCACAUGAAAAUGAUAUAGAACUCGAAGGAGCUUGUGAAGGCUCGCUUGCAUGUUCAACAUGUCACGUGAUUGUGAUGGAUGUGGCUUUCUACAACAAGCUAGAAGAUCCUACUGAUGAGGAAAAUGACAUGUUGGACCUUGCUUUUGGGCUUUCGGAAACGUCUCGUCUAGGCUGCCAGGUGAUUGCGAAGCCUGAGCUUGAUAGGAUUCGAUUGGCGCUGCCAGCUGCUACGAGAAACUUUGCGGUGGAUGGUUAUGUGCCCAAACCACACUGAACAUUUUGCAUCUUGGAAGCCAUCGCUGAUACCCAGCUUCUUUUCAGUGUAAAGCAUGCAACCAUGUCAGUUUUGUAGUCUCUCCUUUCUCUCUAGAAUAUUUGGUUACCGAUGCAUCCCCUCACAACAGAAAUUUAGAAUGGUUGUCCAUUGUUGUUACAUUAGUGAUUUAUCGAGCUUUUCUGAGCUACAUCUCUCAUAAGUAUCGUUGUUGAAUUUUUA